GCACCGCCCCUGACAGAGAUAUUCUUUCAGUUUCGAUGAAACGAGAAUUUGAUGACGAGACCGAACUUCCAUAACAAUCCACAAUCUACCUAGCUGAAUAUUGGUAUAUUCUGAAUCGGAGUUACUAUAGCUGCAGAAAGAAAUUGGACACAAGUAACAGCCUAACGGACAGAACGUCUUUUUCGAUCUAUGCAUUAGUAACAAAUACAGUUUCUUGUGUCUAGGUCUAGGAUAAACAGCUGCAUAAAAUUGAAACAGUGAUCAGCGAUGGGCGACAAGAAAAAAACUUAAUGUAAAGAUCCAAGGGCUGAAAGAAGAAAAGACAAAGAAAGAGAGCAGAUCUGAGAAGAUGGAGCAUAAGCAGAAAAAUAUCGUAGUGCGGUCUAGCUUGGAUCAACCACAGCCAAAGGAAUCUGACGUUGCCCAAUCAGUGCAACCUGAAACCCCACCCUUACAGCAGUUUGAUCAAGGGAAACAUUUGCCAGAGCAAACUACUAUCCUGAAGCAACCAGCAAAAUGUAACCCUCCCCAACCUCCUGUAGGAACACAACACCCAGUCACGCUCCCUUCAGAGCUAUCCAGUCAAGCCCAACCAGAGCAACCCAAUUUAAUGCACCCUUAUCUAGCCCAACCACCCAUAGACGAUCCUCACCUGACCCAAUCAAAGGACCAGCCACACCCAGAUCAGGGAUCUCCAGUAAGCUUAUCCCUGGAUCAGUCAUCUCAACAAAAGACAUCUCCAGAUCAGUCAUCACUGUCAUCUCCAGAUGAAGACAAACCAAAGAAUAAGGGCGAUCCGAACAAACUCAGCCUUCUGACCUGGAACAUAGACGGCCUGGAUAUGGACGAUAUCAAGGAGCGUUGCUCAAAGCUACUGGACUACAUUAUCAAGUAUCAUCCUGACAUUGUGCUACUACAAGAGGUUAUUUCCCCAACAUACCAGGUUUUACAACAGGUUCUGAAGCCAUAUCAUGUGUUGCCGGGAAGUGACAAAAGUUAUUUCACUGCCAUACUGCUGAGGAAGUCCAGAGUUCAACUUUUGGGGAGUAGCAUAGUGAAUUAUCCAAAUACAAAAAUGAGGAGAAACCUGCUUGUGGCCAAUGUCUCUUUCCUGGGCCAACCACUGUGUGUGAUGACAUCCCACAUGGAGAGCAUGAAGAAGAGUACCUCAGAACGCCAGAACCAGCUGAGGGUGUUGUGGAGAACAAUGAGUGAGCAGCCCCAGGACCACAACGUCAUCUUUGGGGGAGACACCAACCUCAGGGACUGGGAGGUGAACAAUCUGGGUGGCCUACCUGAGGGCAUCUGUGACAUAUGGGAGUCCCUGGGCCAACCACAGGACUGCCGCUACACCUGGGAUUGCAUCACUAAUGACAACAAAGAACUCCCUUUCCCCGCACGCCUGCGCUUCGACCGCCUCUUUCUGAGGCAGGCUGGCGAGGGGUCAAAGGUCAGCCCUGAUGGCUUGACUCUAGUUGGCCUGGAGAGGUUGGAGUGUGACCGCUUUAUAAGUGACCACUGGGGUCUCCUCUGCACCUUUGUCAUCGAACCUCUCAGUCAACUAACGCCUAAAUCAUAGACAGACAUCGGUUCACUGUCCCAGUGAUGUUAUGUUUUGUCAACCUGGAAGAGGGAUCUUCGCCCGUCUUGGCUAUGUAUGUUAGAAGCUUUAGAAAGUUUUAAAUGAAAAAAUGUGUAACCGUGGAAACAAUUGGAUAAGCAGCACAGCAGUGGUGAUUAUCAACUUCCUUUGGUGUUAGGCAAACAUUAGUGUCUGAAGAACCACUUUUCAUUUAUCCAGCCCCUUAAUCAUCUGAGCCAACAGGUUAUACACCCAAUUCAAGGGCAAAUAUAUAUUAUCUCUGGAUUUGAAAACAGGAACUUAAUUGGCUACCCAAGUGUAUUAUUAUUUUGUAUCACUGUAUUGAUCAUCAAAGCAGCAUUGCACCAUUUCAUAAUAAAUUAAUUUAGUUCAUAAAACAUUUUAUUACUUUA